AUGCUGAAGAUGGACCAUGCAAACGUGACCCAAGCCAUGCUUGAUGCUGAAUCCCACAACACAGAAAAGAGCAACAGCAACGAGUAUUUUUACAUUCUGAUCGUCAUGUCUUUCUAUGGGAUCUUCCUGAUAGGGAUAAUGCUCGGCUAUAUGAAAUCCAAAAGAAAAGAGAAGAAGACCAAUUUGCUUCUGCUUUACAAAGAUGAGGAGAGAGAAUGGGGGGAAGCUGUGAAGCCUCUACCGACCGUAUCAGGGCUCAAAUCUGUCCAGAUCCCCAUGAUGCUGAACAUGCUGCAGGAGAGCAUGGUGCCGUCCCUGUCCUGCGCCAUCUGCUCGAUGGAAGGCAGCAGUGUGAGCUCCGAAUCCUCGUCCCCAGAUGUGCACUUCACCAUCCAGGAGGAAGUGCUGGAUGCCGAACUGGGGGAAGUGUCAGAAACGCUCCUACAUGAGAGCAGCGAGGGAUCUGUGGAAAACAUCCACAAGAAUUCCUAG